ACUACACGACUACAAAAGAUCAGAAGUCUUUUUAUCCGAAUUACUCUCUUAUCUAUUUGUGCCUUUAAACAACUAGACGACUGUGUAUACACGCAUACCGGCACACGUACAUACAUACAUACAUACAUACAUACACACACGAAUGGAGUACUAUUUGUUUAUUUGAGCAUGACCUCAACCAACUGAUUAGGUAUUCACAAUUUUAACCAACCCUCAAAAAUACCUGAAAAAUAUGCAAAUUUUUUUUUUUUUUGCGUAAAAUUUAAGUGUAUAAAUAUAAAUCAUCAUCAUUGUAUUAGACACUAUUAAUAGACAACUUUAGUAUAACGAAUUUAAUCUAACAAGUUAUCAACAAUGUUGGAAGAAUUCAUUAAGGCUUAUCUUCAAAUCUGUUCUGAAGGUGAUAAUAUAGCUGAUCGACAAGAAUUGACUGAUUAUUGUAGAAAGAAAAAUCUUGAUAUGAAACUUGUUGAGCAAUGGAUUAACAAAUUCGAUGUUGACAAGGAUGAUCAAAUUUCAAUGGAAGAAUUUUGUCGUGCAUUAGGCUUAAAUCAAAAAGAAAUGUUAGUUGAAAAAGUUCACCGUACCCCUGCGAAUGCUGCCAAGAUACCAGAAAUUUCUUCACAAUUUGAAAUUAUUCUCUCAAAAUUAUCAAAACAAGCUGAAGUUGAUAUUACUGAACGUGUAGCAGAAUUAUUUAAUGGUUCCACUGAGAACAAAGAUUCACAGAUUAAAGAUAUAUCAAAUAAAUUGAAACAAUAUUUAGAUGAGACAUAUGAUCGUGUCUGGCAGGUAGUUAUACUACGCGGUUCAUAUUGGAUGAAUUUUUCACAUGAACCAUUCAAGUCAAUACAAUUCAAAUAUGGUCCAUACAUCUUUUUAUUAUGGCGUACACCAAAAGGUUAGAGUUAAGUAAUCAUAGCACCAAAAAAUAUAUCCUAUAAUAUAUAAAAAUAACAACAUCAAACUAACUUAAUGUAUACUGAAAGUAUAAUAACAAUCAUAUAUUUAGUAAAAAUCAUUCAAUUUGUUAAUUUAUGUUUCCUGCAGUUUGUUGAAGGUUUUCAUUACUUCUUUUUAUUAAAAUAUUUAUAUUUCUAG